AUGAAGUCUUCACUACUGCCGAGUUUGUUUGCUUGGCUUGCUCUGUGGGCUAGUCGAGCUGCCCCAAGCUCGGCCGGCGAGCCAGGGCAAAAGUCGAAACGACAGGAAAGGCUGGAGAUUCGUAACCUUUCGAGGUUAUCUGGGGUUUCUGCCGUGGUCGCUGGCGACUACAUGUAUGUCGACGGUGGAGCUUUGAUCCUGGUAGACGAUGGUGGCAAGUAUGAGAAGCAAGCGGCCUCCGAGAUGUUGGCGAUUCCCAUCACCAAUUCGUGGACAAAUCGAACCGUGCAGUAUUGGACCGUGGACAAAGAAGCGCCACGGAACAACUUCCAGUACUUCUUUGCCAACAGCACCGGGAAAGGACUGUACGCUUGGGGAGGAGAGGCAACGACGGGGCAAGUGAACGACACCAGCCGACACCUAUGGAAAUUCGAACCCGACAACUUCGGUGGCGGUGAAUGGCACGUCUCGGAACCGGCCGACAGCGAGGAAUUCAGGGAGGUCAACCGGAACGUCGGCGGCGGCUCGGUGUCUUGCGGGAACAACGCAUUCAUUCUCGGCGGUUACGCCAACAACCGGACCGAUUUUCACGUCGAAAGUGAGACCAAGAUACCGACGCCGGGUUUGGUGACCUAUAAUAUGGACUCGAGGCGGUGGACGAACGAAUCGGCAGCAGCGUUCAACUCACUAGGCACCUACUACCGAGGCAGCGCGCUAUGUCUCCCUGAGCACUCGGACGAUGGGUUGGUCAUGUUUCUCAGUGGAGAGAUGGGUGGAGUGGACCUUUACCGAGAACCCCCGGAGCAUUUCCUUUCGUUCGACAACAUUACGUUGUACGAUCCGUCAACCAAGCAGUGGUUCUGGCAGGAGACGAGGGGUUCGUCACCGUCGAGGAGAAGUCGAUUCUGUGCUGUGUCGGCCAAGAGCCCAGAGGGCACAACAGAGAUAUUUGUGUACGGUGGCGUGAACAGCCGUCUAUCCACAGCAUACGACGAACUCUACGUCCUCACAAUACCUGGAUUUCAAUGGUUCCGGGCAGAUUAUGCCGCCUUCAAUCCCCGUGCGGACCAUGCUUGUGUCUUGGCCGGAAACAGGCAGAUGAUAGUGGUGGGAGGCAUGAAUGAAGGGAUAUCCGAGGAAGCCAGCAAGUUUGAGGACCAGGACCCCUGGGUGAACGGCCUCGGGGUGUUUGACGUUACCGAUUUACAGUGGAAGGACCAUUACGAUGCUGGGGCGGAGAGAUACCAGUCUCCGGCCGUGGUGAGGGAUUGGUACAGUGACGGGCAUCAGAACUCGGUUGAGUGGUCGAGCCCUGAAGUGCGGGCGAUGUUUUUGGGUGAUAAUGCAGACGAUAUGGGCAAUGACGACAGUGAUACCGGUGACGAUGAUAAUGAGGACAUAUCUGGUGGUAACAGCAACGCCCCGGGCCCGAACAGCGCCCUCGUCGGUGGCAUCACUGGAGGAGUGGUCGCCGGCGUGAUCUUGGUCUCCGUUGCCGUAGUGCUCGUCUUCCUCCGUCGGCGACGACGUAUGCAACGUCGGCAAGCGGGAUUCUCGUCCUCAGGCCUCCUGUCUCCAGCGGAAGGGGGGCAGUCGGCCAGGGGGAUGUCGUCCACCCCGUUCGGCCCCCAGCCGGCUCCUGCCUACCACGAGAUUCCCCGUCCGGCGCACCAGCGCAACUCGAUCGCGCCCACACCCGUCGACAUGUACGGACCCACAACUACUCUCACGGGCCAUCCGAGGUGGGAUUCGUCUUCGACGCAUUCUGACGGCACGACCGAAUCUGCCACACAUCCGUUCGCGCCACCUUUCGCGCCACCUACCGAGCUGCAUAGCGAAUCGCGAAUGGAGCUAGAAGCACACCAUGUGCAUGAGCUGGAGGCGCCCAUACCGAAGGAUAGCAGGGAGGCCCUGAGGUGAAGCCACGUUGUCGUUUUCUCGAGGGGACGCCGUUGCUAGAUCGGGCUUGAUUCUUCUCGUCCAUAUUUAUACCCAAAAAGAAAAGAAAAGAAAAAGGAAGAAAAAAAGCAAGCGAUUGAUUAGUUACCCAUUCCGCAAGCGCAAACCAUUACAUACCGCACCUCUUCGUAUAUACAAACCAAGAGCCUCUCAUUGGGCCUUGUUAUCUAGUUCUAUGACACCACCUUGUCCCAUCGACUGGGAGACUACAGAGGGCGGCCUCGAAAACUGUUCCUACGAUACCGCCGAAUAACAAGCCGGCC